GCUUUGUUUCAUGCAGCAUCGGUACCCAGGGAUCAGCAGAGCCAAGGAUUUUCCUUUGCUGCAUCCAUACACUCCCACCGGUAACACUGGAACGCAGGACACUAAACCGGUCGCACUUUCAUGCAGAUAUGACCACGCAUACCCCACUGUGCCCACCGAAAGCCCUAGAUCUACUAAUGAGUGCAUCCCCAGUGUGCUGACAUCACUCUUCCCUGUACAAUAGACUCCCAGCUCUGCUACAAAGACAUGAAGAUCUGGAGCUCAGAGCAUGUAUUUAGCCAUCCUUGGGACACUGUAAUUAAAGCAGCCAUGAGGAAAUACCCAAAUCCCAUGAAUCCUUGUGUGGUUGGGGUCGAUGUGGUUGAUCGAAGCUUGGAUCCUCAAGGAAGAUUACACAGCCAUCGCCUUCUCAGCACAGAGUGGAGGCUACCAGGUCUUGUGAGGGCUAUUCUUGGAACCAGCAGAACAUUGACAUAUAUUAAGGAACAUUCCGUAGUGGACCCAGUAGAGAAGAAAAUGGUUUUAUGUUCAACUAAUAUAUCACUCACAAAUCUUGUGUCUGUUGACGAAAGGUUGGUUUACAGACCUCAUCCCGAACAUCCAGAAGAGACAGUACUGACCCAAGAAGCCAUAAUUACAGUAAAAGGAGUCAGCCUGAGCAGUUAUCUGGAAGGACUGAUGGCUAGCACAAUUUCUUCCAAUGCUAGAAAGGGGUGGGAUGCAAUUGAAUGGAUCAUUCAAAAUUCUGAGAGCACAGUAAUCUAACAGUGUCUGCCUCUGCUGUUUAUACCAACUUGGUUCAGGAUUCAUCAGUGCACUAGUUACAACAAGUGGAAUUAAAGAUGCCAGACGGUAAUGCAUUUGCUACAAAAAUUCACAUAUCUGGUACUUGACCAUAAAGAAUUAAGGAUUUUCCAUCCAUCUAAUUUUAGCAGUUUUAUUUGAAUAUUUUCUAAAAAAAAAAAAUAUUUUUAAAAUGUCCAAUGCCUGAAGACUUGUUUGCAAUAAAUGAACAUUACUGUGCA